AAGAUAGCUCCUGAGUGCCAACUCCAUAGACAGUCACAUAGAGUGUGUAAGCUGUGCUGGCAAUAGUUUUUGAAGAAGCAAAGCAUCGAAGAAUUUGAUUUAACUAACACUCUUACGAAAAAGUUACUUCAUACGCUACCGUUUCUUAUCAUCUUCCGCAAUAAUUUCGUCUGGAAUUGCAGUCUACAAUCACAUCUCUGCUCUGGUAUUAGCGGAUAUCUGGAUUUUGGGAUAUCGAUGGGCUUGAUGGUGUUCGUGCACUGAUGUCACUGUUCUGGAUUGUGAUUCGUCAGCUUGCAGAGUUCGAGGCAAUGGCUACAUCAAAAAAGGUGAUUACAAGAGAAGACUGGGAAAAGAAGCUCAAUGAUGUAAAAAUUAGAAAAGAAGACAUGAAUAAAUUGGUGAUGAACUUUCUUGUCACUGAGGGCUAUGUUGAUGCUGCUGAGAAAUUCCGGAUGGAAUCUGGAACUGAGCCAGAUAUAGAUCUUGCAACAAUCACUGAUCGCAUGGCUGUUAAGAAGGCAGUACAGUGCGGAAAUGUGGAGGAUGCUAUUGAGAAGGUUAAUGAUUUAAAUCCCGAGAUACUGGAUACAAACCCCCAACUGUUUUUCCAUCUCCAACAGCAGCGGUUGAUAGAAUUGAUUCGAAAUGGGAAAGUGGAGGAGGCUUUGGAGUUUGCUCAGGAGGAGCUUGCACCCAGGGGUGAAGAAAAUCAAAGCUUUUUAGAAGAGUUGGAGAGAACUGUUGCUCUGCUGGCUUUUGAAGAUGUCACCAACUGCCCUGUUGGAGAACUUCUGGACAUUUCGCAGCGCCUGAAGACAGCAAGUGAAGUGAAUGCAGCCAUCUUAACUAGCCAGAGUCAUGAAAAAGAUCCAAAGCUUCCAAGUUUGUUAAAAAUGUUGGUAUGGGCGCAGAACCAGCUUGAUGAGAAAGCUGCUUAUCCUCGAAUAAACAACUUAUCUACUGCCAUGCUUGAGGACCCUGCAGUUUGAUUUUUGAAACGGUGAGGUUUUCUGGACGUUGGAUUGUGUUAGAAUGAAUGAACAGAGAGUUGGAUGGGAUCAUCAAUUUAGUGUAUUGUGAUUACGACUCUAGGCUGUUAUUUGUGGGAUGAUGGUUAUUCUCUUCUUCGGUGAUGUUCAAUAGCCUAAACUCGUGUAAUUGAUUUUUUUUUUAAAUGCUAUCUGCUUUAUUUGAAGA